AGCACGGACAUGUAACCUAAAACGCUCACUGCCUACAGAAAACAACUUUAAAAGGGCAUAGCAGCCAAAAACGCGUUCUGUGUGAUCCGGGGCUCCAACGAUCUUUUUCUAGACCUCCAGCCGAUAAACACCAAGUGAGUCAGUGCUGGAUGAUGGCGUUUGUUAAAGAGCUUCUCAAGAACUCGCUGUAUAAUCUGAGAAAAGAUGAACUCAAAGAAUUUCAGUGGCACCUGAGGAAUUAUUGUAAGAUUCCAGUGUCUCAAUUGGAGAAAGCAGAUGUCUUCGACACAGUAGAUAUGGUGCAGAGUUAUAGACCAGAAGACGCUGUGAAGAUCACACUGGAGAUCCUGAGGAAGAUGAACCAGAACCAGCUGGCUGAAGAGCUCAAAGAAGGUGCAGCUGCAGUUGACAGUAAAGCUGUUGAUGAUGAUGAUAGUGAGUUCAGCAACAGACUGAAGAAAGACUUAAAACAGAAAUACGAGAGAAUAUUGGACGGUAACUCAGAGAAAUCCCUUCAGAACACAUACCUGAACAAUAUAUAUACUGACCUCUACAUAGUGAAGAAUCAGACGGGUGGAGUAGUGAAUGAACAUGAAGUGAGACAGAUUGAAUUAAACCAAAGAACUGCUGCCGAGGACACGUCAGUCAAGUGUAAUGACAUAUUUAAAGUCCAGCGUGAUACAGGUCGGCAAAACAGAAAAGUGCUGACGCUGGGCAUCGCAGGUGUGGGCAAAACUGUCUCUGUCAGUAAAUUCAUCCUUGACUGGGCUGAAGGAAAAGAAAAUCAGGAAAUCAUCUUUAUUUUUCCUCUGGCCUUCCGUCAACUGAAUCUGAUUCAAGAGGAAUACAGUCUAAUGGAACUGAUUCAUGAAUACUUUAGCUGUACUAAACAACUGUCAUCACUGCCUAAAGAAGAAGAUAAAGUGAUGUUCAUCUUUGAUGGUCUGGACGAGUGUCGCUUCUCUUUGAGCUUUGAGAAGAGCAAGAGAUUGACAGAUGUUCAUAAAAAAACAACAGUGGACGUCAUAAUAACAAACCUGAUGGAUAGAAAUCUGCUUCCGUCCGCUCUCAUCUGGAUCACCUCCAGACCAGCAGCAGCCCAUCAGAUACCUCGACGCCACAUUGAUCAGGUGACAGAGAUCAGAGGAUUCAACGAUGAGCAGAAGAAAGUAUACUUCACCAGAAACAGCAAACCUGACAUGUCAGAGAGAAUCAUCUCACACAUCAAGAGGUCCAGAAGUCUGCACAUCAUGUGUCAUAUUCCUGUCUUCUGCUGGAUCUGUCUCCGUGUUCUCCAACCUCUGAUGACUCAAGAGAAUCUGGAAAGUACUCCUACAACCCUCACAGGGAUGUACCUCUACUUCUUACUCUCUCAGAUGGAACAGAUGAAAGCAAAAAAACAAAGUGACAGUCUUCCUCAGUCUUCUGAAGAUGUUGUUCUGAAGCUCGGGGAACUGGCCUUCAAACAGCUUCAGAAAGGAAAUCUGAUUUUCUAUAAAGAAGAUCUUGUGGAAUGUGGUCUAGAUGUCAGUGAUGGUUUGGUUUUCUCUGGGUUGUGCACUCAGAUGUUUCAGACAGAAAAGUCUGUUUCUGAGACAAAGGCCUACAGUUUUGUACAUCUCAGUGUUCAGGAAUUCCUCGCUGCUAUCUUUGUGCUUUUCAUUUACAAAAAUACAAAAACAAACCCAUUCCUUAACUGGAUGGGAAAACUGAAAUGGAUAUUCAUGAAUUCACUGCAUGAGCUUCAUAAGAGUGCAAUUGACAGUGCUCUUCUGAGCGAGAACGGACACCUGGACCUUCUCCUGCGGUUCCUCAUGGGUCUCUCUCUGGAGUCAAAUCAAAAUAAACUGAAAGAACUUCUGCCCUCACUGAAGAUCACAGCAGAAGACAUGAGACACACGGCUGAAUACAUCAAAACAAAAAUUCAUCAUGAUGUAUCUUCAGAGAAGAGCAUCAAUCUCUUCCACUGUCUGCAUGAACUGAAUGAUGAUUCACUGAUCACAGAAAUCCAGAAGUAUCUGAAUUCAGAAGAUCUUUCAGCACAAGAUCUCUCUUCUGUUCAGUGGUCUGCUCUGGCGUUUGUGCUGCUGAUGUCUGAAGAGACUCAAGAGACAUUUGAGAUGCAGAAAUACAGAAGAUCUGAUGAAGCUGUGACUCGACUUCUGUCAGUGAUCAGAAACACCAGAAGAGCUCUUCUACAGAACUGUGAUCUGACUGUUAAGUGUUGUGAGAGUUUGUCUUCAUGUCUACAAUCAUCAACGUCUCUGAGAGAGCUGGACCUGAGUAACAAUGAUCUGAAGGAUUCAGGAGUGAAGCUGAUCUCUGAUGCUCUCAAGACUCACAACAAGAGUCAACUACACACACUGAGAUUGUGGAGAUGUAAUGUGACUGGUGAGUGUUGUGAGAGUUUGUCUUCAUGUCUACAAUCAUCAACGUCUCUGAGAGAGCUGGACCUGAGUAACAAUGAUCUGAAGGAUUCAGGAGUGAAGCUGAUCUCUGAUGCUCUCAAGAGACACAACUGUCAACUACACACACUGAGAUUGUCCGGGUGUAAUGUGACUGGUGAGUGUUGUGAGAGUUUGUCUUCAUGUCUACAAUCAUCAACGUCUCUGAGAGAGCUGGACCUGAGUAACAAUGAUCUGAAGGAUUCAGGAGUGAAGCUGAUCUCUGAUGCUCUCAACACUCACAACAAGAGUCAACUACACACACUGAGAUUGUGGAGAUGUAAUGUGACUGGUGAGUGUUGUGAGAGUUUGUCUUCAUGUCUACAAUCAUCAACGUCUCUGAGAGAGCUGGACCUGAGUAACAAUGAUCUGAAGGAUUCAGGAGUGAAGCUGAUCUCUGAUGCUCUCAACACUCACAACAAGAGUCAACUACACACACUGAGAUUGUCCGGGUGUAAUGUGACUGGUGAGUGUUGUGAGAGUUUGUCUUCAUGUCUACAAUCAUCAACGUCUCUGAGAGAGCUGGACCUGAGUAACAAUGAUCUGAAGGAUUCAGGAGUGAAGCUGAUCUCUGAUGCUCUCAACACUCACAACAAGAGUCAACUACACACACUGAGAUUGUCCGGAUGUAAUGUGACUGGUGAGUGUUGUGAGAGUUUGUCUUCAUGUCUACAAUCAUCAACGUCUCUGAGAGAGCUGGACCUGAGUAACAAUGAUCUGAAGGAUUCAGGAGUGAAGCUGAUCUCUGAUGCUCUCAACACUCACAACAAGAGUCAACUACACACACUGAGAUUGUCCGGAUGUAAUGUGACUGGUGAGUGUUGUGAGAGUUUGUCUUCAUGUCUACAAUCAUCAACGUCUCUGAGAGAGCUGGACCUGAGUAACAAUGAUCUGAAGGAUUCAGGAGUGAAGCUGAUCUCUGAUGCUCUCAACACUCACAACAAGAGUCAACUACACACACUGAGAUUUUACAGGUGCAAUGUGACUGGUGAGUGUUGUGAGAGUUUGUCUUCAUGUCUACAAUCAUCAAAGUCUCUGAGAGAGCUGGACCUGAGUAACAAUGAUCUGAAGGAUUCAGGAGUGAAGCUGAUCUCUGAUGCUCUCAAGAGACACAACUGUCAACUACANCAAUGA